AUGUCCAUUGCGUAUCCGGCAGUCAACAUUUCCUAUUGUGUCAAGUGCAAGUGGAUGCUCCGUGCCGCGUGGUACCAACAGGAGAUUCUGCAGACGUUUUCCUCGAAAGCGAUUGACGAGAACGAGACUACGCUGACUGUGAACUGCGCCAUCUUGUCUCCCUCACUGGUUGCAGGGACGUUCCAAGUGGCGGUGAAGAGGGAGGAGAACGCGGAUUGGACUAUAAUCUGGGACAGGAAGGAGGAGGAUGGGUUCCCGGACUCCAAGCUCCUCAAACAGCGCAUCAGAGAUCAUCUUUACCCAGAGCUCAAGCUCAGUCACAUAGACAAGCCAAAUAAACACGGAGGCAAGCUCGUCACUCAACAGUCGCCUGAGCCCGGCCACGAGGACACAUGCAUCGACUGCAAAACUUGGGAGUAUUAACUACACAUAUCCAAGCCAUUCCAGGCCGCUAUAGAAAAGCCUGUCGAUCGGGUUCAACGAGUCGAAAAACCUGUUCGGCAGCCGUCGGUAGCCCGUCGGUGCUAUAUCGUCAUCAUUGGUUUCCGGAAGGUCAGCGAUGAGUCCCAUUGCGUACGAAACGAUGCAAAAUGCCAGCAGUCCAGCCACCAGCAGCGUCAAAUAAGAACGCCAGAGUUUUAUCUUGGCCGUACGAUUCAGUUUCCGCUGAAACUGGGCUAGCAGCUCGUCCUGGCGCUUCACCGCCAGCACUAGUGCUGAGUCCGCGGGCUCGGCCGCCAGCUGCUCAUAGACUUGGAUUAAUGUCUCGUAGCAGUCCACAAGUCGUCUAUUCAAUUGCAACUCCAUUGUGCGGUCUUCGUCGACCGACCGCUUCCGCUGCGCAUUUAGCGUGCCUUUCAGUAUGCUAAUUUUCUGAAACAACCUCUGUUUCUGUUCUACCAAAGACAAUGCUGCAGGAGCUUUUCGUUUUAUAGUUCGCGUGUCUGUUCGCCUCGUGAGAUCUGUGUCUGUAUCAAAUAAAUCUUCAAACUCAACCUCAAAAAGCA